AUGGGGAGAAUCUUUGAGGAAAAUUGGUGGCUGUACUUCUCGGCCAUGUUCAUGGAAGCGGCAACGCGCACGCCCCAAGGCACGCCGGGACGGCUGGUUCUCGGCGCAUGGUGGUUAACCGUGCUUGUUCUGAUGAACGCUUUCACGGGGCACAUGAAGGCCACCAUGAUGCUUUUUCCUGAACCGGAGCGCAUCGACAGCUUUAAAGAUUUAGGUCGGCGCACUGACAUUCGCCCUUUUCUUUGGAAAGGAGGAGCCUAUGAAAACCUCCUCAAGAAAUCAUUGGACGUCGAAGAGUACCGCAAGGUGUGGCACUUGAUUGUUACUCAUGACGGCCUUCGGGAAGCCAAGCACCUGUAUGAUGAUGAAAACCUUCGAGAAGUUCUGGAGGGAAAGGCGGUCAUCGUGAGCGACUACACCACGACCCUAUACCAUGCCUCCCAAACCUGCCGCCGCCGCCUCGCAGCUGGAAGCUACUACUUCGCUAAGGAGCCCACAUUUUCCACAAAGCUGUCAAUGGCAGUAAGCAGGAGUGUGAACCCGGAGCUCUUUCAGCUUAUCAAUGAAAGAGUCCAAGGCUCAGUCAUUGUCGCAUGA